UCCUCCCCAGAUAACAGGAACCUUCGAAGGGCAAAGCGUAGGACUCAAGGACGUGUGCGUGAAGCCCCUAGCGCCCCAGGCCGACGACUGCCUCAUCCACAAGCGCCCUCACUACUGCAGAACGACCCAGGACGCCUGCAGGAGGACAUCGACCAGGGCACCGAGCAGUUCGCGGAGCACCUCGUCUCUUGUGUGACGAACCCGACCUCUUGCCCGGGAUCCUUCGGAGGACCCGUGCCGCCUUACGCGUCCCUGGGAGGCUUUCUGAAGGAGGGCGAGGUCAGCCUGCAGGGGGCGAGGUACACGGAGGCGACGGCUCUCAUCGCCACCUUCUUUCUCGACGCCCCUGGCAACGAGUCGGCUCUCGGACCCGUCCUGGAGUGGGAGAAGGCAUUCCUCACCUACCUGAAGGAGAGAGCUGGCGACGAGGACCUUAGCCGCAGCAUGGACAUCGCCUUCACCGCCGACCGAGCAGUCGAGGACGAGCACACGAGGGAGAGCCUGGAAGAUCUCCCUGUCUUCCUCGGCGUCUGCCUCGCCAUGGCCGUCUACGCCGUCCUCGCCCUCGGGGGCGUGUCCGCGCAGUGCAGGAGGGUCCUUAUUGAGAGCAGACUGGGGCUGGCGCUCGCGGGCGUCGUCGUCGUCGCCGCCUCAGCCGGGACCUCCGUUGCUUGCGUGAGCUACCUGGGCUCCGCGACCACCGUCUUCGUCCUCGAGGUGCUCCCGUUCCUGGCGCUGGGCGUGGGCGUGGGCAACAUGUUCCUCCUGGUGCAGGCGUGGCAGCGGGAGCCCCGUCAGGAGGGCGAGAGCGUCGAGGACCACGUGGGCCGCGUGGUGGGCAAGGUGGCCCCGUCCAUGCUGCUCUCCACGUGCGCUGAGGCCCUCUGCUUCUAUCUUGCUGGUCGCUCCUGGAACAUCGGCUUCAUCGCCUCCUUCGGCCACCACGUCGCCUUCGCCCUCGCCCUCGGCUUCCUCCUCCAGCUGAUCUGCUUCGCGGCUCUCCUCGCCCUCGACGCCCGCAGGAUCGAGUCAAACACGUGGGACUUGUGUUGCAUCAUGCAAGGCGAGGCAUCAGCUGGGGCCAAGGAACCGAACGUGUCUUACGUCAUCUUCCAACAGCUGAUCGGUCCUUUCAUUUUUAAGGACAUAAUUCGCGUGGCCGUUCUUCUGAUGUUCACGGGGGCGUUCUUCGUGUCCGUGGCCUUCACGCACAAACUGGACAUCGGAAUGGAGAGGAGUGCGUUCGUGCCUGAGGGUUCCUUCUUGCAGAAAUUCUUGAAGCAACAAGACGACUUCCUUGGCGUUGGUCCUCCAGUCUACUUCGUGAUGACUGAAGGCUACAACUUCAGUGACUUCGACGAGCAGAACCUGGUGUGUCGGUUCUCGGGUUGCAAGGAUGACUCGAUGUUGCACGUGAUCUAUGCCUCCUCGAAGAAACCGGAGAUGACUUACUUGGCCACAGAAGCAACCUCUUGGAUUUCGUCCUACUUGACCUGGCUUCGAGAUUUUGUAGGAUCUGGCUUUGCAAUUGGUGCGUGUUGCAGACUGGACGCCGACGGAGACUUCAUCGACACCUCAGGUAAUUACUCUCAUGUCGUGUACCUCAUCUUCAGGCGGUGUCUUAACACUGUGCGAGGCCCGACCCAAUCAGCAUUCAUUAACUGGAUAUGCAUAUACACAUAGAUAAAAAGCACGCCU